AUGGCACUUGAACUUCAGCAUAACUGGAACGCUUGGUAUGACCACGGUGACCCAAAACGAACCUCCAAAUCCUAUGAGCAAACCUUACAUAAAAUCUGUUCCUUCCACACAGUCCAAGAAUUCUGGGGCUGCUACAACAACCUUCCAGUCCUUACAACUCUCAGCAAUAAAUCAGGCUACCACAUAAUGAAGACAGGAGUCAAGCCUAUCUGGGAAGAUCCUGAAAACUCAGGAGUCUGGCAGCUUCGAAUAAAAAAAGAAGAUGGGGUCCAAGUUUGGAAAGAAAUUCUUAUAGGACUUGUAAGUGGGCAAUACGAUGCAGCCUUAGAAAACUUCCCAAUCAACGGCGUGAGCAUUUCCAAUAAGCAAGGAGAAUAUCUUUUGAAUAUUUGGACUCACAAUUCGUCAGAAAACAAUAAAAUUCCUGAAUUCUUCUUAUCAUUAUGCCCAAAUAUACAGCCAACCUCUUCCCCUUCUUUUAGAUGCUGCAGCAACCUGAUUGAGAACAGUAAAGACCUCUAA